CCCGCGGAGCCCCUCCCCCCCGUCCCAUCUCCGGCAAGAUGGCCGCCUACCUGCAGUGGCGGCGCUUCGCCUUCUUCGACCGGGAGCCGCUGACGGACUGCGGCGGGGCCCCGGUGCUGCUCCCUCCGGGCAUCGUGGUCUGCGACUCGGGCAGGGGCAGCCUGGUCUUCGGGGAUUGGGAAGGGCAGAUCUGGUUCCUGCCGCGCUCCCUGGAGCUGAGCAGCUUCCAGGCCUACAAGCUGCGGGUGACGCACCUCUUCCAGCUGAAGCAGCACAGCAUCCUGGUGUCGGUGGGCGAGGAGGAGGAAGGGCUGAACCCCCUGGUCAAAGUCUGGAAUUUAGAGAAACGUGACAGUGGGACACCCCAGUGCACCAGGAUUUUUCCUGCAAUACCAGGCAACAAACUCACGCUGGUAUCCUGCCUCACCGUCCAUGAAAAUCUCAACUUCAUGGCUAUUGGCUUUGUGGAUGGGAGUGUGGUGCUUAUCAAGGGGGACAUUACAAGGGAUCGGCAUAGUAAAACUCAAGUCCUACAGGAAGGAGGCCAUCCAGUUACUGGGCUCGUAUUUCGCCAGUCAAGCAAAACAACUCAUCUGUUUGUGGCUACCACUGAGAAAAUUCAGUGUUACACACUCUUGAUGAAGGACUGCCCACUGCUGGAACUGGACAUGCGUGGCUGUGGACUGCGCUGCUCCACUCUCAGUGAUCCCUCCCAGGACCUCCAGUUUAUAGUGGCAGGAGAUGAGUGUGUAUAUCUCUACCAGCCGGAUGAACGGGGGCCUUGCUUUGCCUUUGAGGGUCAAAAGCUGAUUGUCCACUGGUAUCGAGGCUACCUGGUCAUCGUGUCGAAGGACUGGAAAGUAUCUCCCAAAUCUGAGUUUACUGGAGGAGAUCCACAAAACUCUGACAAGCAGAUCCUGAAUAUUUAUGACCUGGGCAACAAGUUCAUUGCCUACAGCUCUGUGUUUGAUGAUGUGGUGGACGUCCUGGCAGAGUGGGGAUGCCUGUAUGUGUUGACGAGGGAUGGGAAACUCCAUGUGCUGCAGGAGAAGGAUACGCAGACCAAACUGGAGAUGCUCUUCAAGAAGAACCUUUUUGAAAUGGCCAUCAACCUGGCUAAAAGUCACCACCUGGACAGUGAUGGGUUGUCUGAGAUCUUCCGCCAGUACGGAGACCACCUGUACAACAAGGGCAACCAUGAUGGUGCAAUUCAGCAGUACCUCCGCACUAUUGGGAAACUGGAGCCUUCUUAUGUCAUCCGGAAGUUCCUGGACGCUCAGCGGAUACACAACCUGACCGCCUACUUGCAGAUGCUCCACCUGCAAUCGCUGGCCAAUGCAGACCACACCACCCUGCUGCUGAACUGCUAUACCAAGCUGAAGGACAUCUCCAAGCUGGAGGAGUUCAUCAAGACCAGUGAGAGCGAGGUGCACUUUGACGUGGAGACAGCUAUCAAGGUACUUCGCCAGGCAGGCUGUUAUUCACACGCUGUGUACCUGGCUGAGAAGCACAAGCACCACGAGUGGUACCUGAAGAUUCAGCUGGAAGAUAUCAAGAACUUCCAGGAGGCCCUGCGUUAUAUCGGCAAGCUCCCCUUCGAGCAGGCGGAGAGUAACAUGAAGCGCUACGGCAAGAUCCUCAUGCAUCACAUCCCCAAUGAAACCACCGAACUGCUGAAGAUCCUCUGCACAGACUACCGGCCAAUGAACCAGCAGGAGGAGGCUUCUGGCCUGCUGGCGGAGCGGAGGGCAAAUCCUGAUGAAUUCAUUCCCAUCUUUGCUAACAACCCCCGGGAGCUGAAGGCGUUCUUGGAACACAUGUCUGAGGUUCAGCCGGACUCUAAGCAGGGCGUAUACGACACCCUGCUGGAGCUCCGUCUCCAGAACUGGGCCCACGAACAGGAUCCGCAGGUCAAAGAGAAGCUGCACAAUGAGACCAUUCUCCUGCUGAAGAGUGGGAAGUUCCAGGACGUCUUUGACAAGGCCUUGGUCUUGUGCCAGAUGCAUAACUUCAAGGAUGGGAUCCUCUACCUCUACGAGCAGCACAAGCUUUUCCAGCAGAUCAUGCAUUACCACAUGCAGAACGGGCAGUACCGGAAGGUGGUGGAGGUUUGCGAGCUGUACGGGGAACAAGAGGCCUGUCUUUGGGAACAAGCGCUUGGCUACUUCGCCCACAAGGAGGAGGACUGCAAGGAGUACAUGGCGGCUGUGCUCGCACGCAUCGAAGCCAAGAACCUCAUGCCGCCUUUGCUGGUUGUUCAAACUUUGGCUCACAAUUCGACGGCCACCCUGUCAGUCAUUAAGGAUUAUCUCAUCAGCAAAUUGCAGAGACAAAGUUGCCAGAUAGAGCAGGAUGAACAGAAGAUCCAGAAGUACCGGGAGGAGACCAAGCGGAUCCGCCAGGAUAUUGAAGAACUGAAGACAAGUCCCAAAAUAUUCCAGAAGACCAAGUGCAGCAUCUGUACGAGCGCCCUGGAGCUGCCCUCGGUGCACUUCCUGUGCGGCCAUUCCUUCCACCAGCACUGCUUUGAGAGCUACUCGGAGAGCGGGUCGGAGUGCCCCACGUGCCUUCCUGAAAACCGGAAGGUCAUGGACAUGAUCCGUGCCCAGGAGCAGAAGCGCGACCUGCACGACCAGUUCCAACACCAGCUGAAAUAUUCCAACGACAGCUUCUCCGUGGUUGCCGAUUACUUUGGCCGUGGGGUUUUCAACAAGCUCACCCUCAUCACAGACCUUCCUCCGAGCAAAUCGGCCACAGCACUCGAAGCCAGCUUGCAACGGGACCUGCUUGUCAAGACAAAGAGGAGCACCUAGACGUCCUUUCGUGCAGAUGUCUUCACUUGGUGGAACUGGGAAGUGGCAAAGACAGCGUCCCAUUCAGCACAAACGCCAUGCCAGGCAGAGGGGGGCAGGGAUGAAAGGCGGCUUGGUCGGACAUUACGCCCACUUGCUUCUCUCGGCUCUUCCUUCUCCUUCUCCUCCUCCUCCGCCCCUGGAACUUUGCUCUUCCCCCGGAUAAGGGCCAGGCCAGGCGGAGAGGGGAGCCUGGCUGGGGCUUUGUCUCUGCGCCCUGUCUGGCCACUGGCUCUCGGGAGGGGCCUAGCAAAACCUCCAGCCAAGCCUGCCAGAGCCACAACCGCAGCCUCAACCUCAGCUGCCUCAGAGAGGAAGAACUGGUGUGACUGCAUGACUGACUAAAGGGCGUUGCUUCCACCUGCCUCCGGGCCUUCUUUCCUGCGGGCCGAAUGAGGCGAGGGUCCCAGGGCUGGAGGCGUGCUUGGGGGAGAACAGGGGGACGGGGGGCGGCCGAGAAAUCUCGCUGUGGCAAAAGUGUGAUUUCCCAAUGAUCCCACACGUUUAGCUUAUAAUCAGUCACUCACAGCCCUGAAAAAUUGCCACUCGAAUCAUUUUACUGAACAGUGAGGCACAAACAGGCCUGUAGAAUACAUGGAGACUCGGUUAAUUUAAAAUAACAGCAAGCUUUACUGAUUACAAAGUAUAUUUCUUUAUGUGUACGCGCGCACACACUGAUUUAGGUGACAUUUUUUUCUAUUGGUUCUUAAACAACCUGGUUCCUUCUCAGCUGCUUUCCCUGGGUGAGCUUUUCCUGGCUUUUGUUCAUGGUGGCUUAGACUUUAGACUCCCACACAUUCCUUCCCUGGCAUCGAAUCAAGCAGCAGAUGCCACAAAAUGCCUCCCCUCCCCCCCAAAUCAACCAACUCGGAGCACUACAGGUUUUUGUAUGUAGCCUUGCCAGUAGGUUUGUUGUCUAGUUGGCAUGGAGGUACAAUAUUUUAAGAAAACAUUUAACACAUUGAAAGAUUGAGGAGAUUAAUACAAAGGAAAAUAAUAGAAAAGUUUGAACAAUUUCCCUUCCUGGCAUCCCAAAUCGGAUAACUAAGAUGUGAACCAAGAGCUGAUCUUGGGAGUGGAAUGGGGCAACUCCCUGCUGCCAACUUACCAUGGGACAAUUUAACAAUUCAAUUUAAUUUAAAAAUUAUUUUUGUCAUUC